AUGACGUUCGUGUCUCCGGAGAACAUGGAGACGCAGUGCUGCAGAGAGGCCUUCGCUGGCAUCGUGGAGCAGCUGGAGCUCGCCAAGACCAACUGCACCGACCCCAGCGCUCACAUCAACGGCACCCUGGACAGCCUGCACUUCUACUCUGAUCGCUGUCCUCAGUCUGUGCAGACCAACUCCUCCGACUGCAAAUGGGAAAAGCAACGAGGGGGAAAAACACUUGUGGAACUCGUCGGCGACAUCGAGAGUUUCCUGCAGCUUCUGAACACGAUGCAAUCCCUGUCCUGA